CUAAUGAAGGAAGAACGGCUACGUUCUUUCAUACAUCAAGCUAAAAAAUACUCCGUAGAAAGCUAAUAAAGGGAAGGAAGAAAGCGAGUGAAAUAGCGGAAGGCUAAAACCAACGCAGUGAAUGGGGAAAAAUUGAACGAAAACUACGUACUUCUCCCAAAACAAAACAGAAAAGAUUGGCCCCCAAAUCCGCGAGAAUUUUGCCUAGGAAGCUAGACUUGAUGUCAAGAAUUGGAUUUCCCUCCCUAAAUUGCCUCCUCUCCGCCACGGAAUCGCCGUUAUGGCGGUCCUUUCUCAGUCCUCGUCUCAAACCCGCCGCAAUCCGAGCAUUUUCCACGGCCAUGUCUCCGCCGUCCAAGGCCAUUGUCUACGAUCAGCAUGGCCCUCCGGAUUCUGUCACCAGAGUGACUGAGCUUCCUCCAGUUGAAAUCAAAGAUAAAGAUGUAUGCGUUAGAAUGCUUGCUGCUCCCAUUAAUCCCUCUGAUAUUAACAGAAUAGAAGGAGUGUAUCCCGUGAGGCCACCACUACCAGCGGUGGGAGGAUAUGAAGGAGUUGGAGAGGUUCAUGCUAUAGGUGCUGGAGUGAAGUCUCUUUCCCCAGGCGAUUGGGUUAUUGCCUUUCCACCAACUUCAGGCACAUGGCAGACAUAUGUUGUAAAAGAACACAGUCUCUGGUAUAAAGUUGACAAAAGCACACCAAUGGAAUAUGCUGCCACUGUUAUUGUUAAUCCAAUGACUGCCCUGAGAAUGCUCGAGGACUUUGCUGUGUUAAAAUCAGGAGAUUCAAUUGUGCAAAAUGGUGCCACAAGCAUCGUGGGACAAUGUGUUAUUCAACUUGCUCGAGUUCGAGGCAUUCACAGUCUAAACAUCAUAAGAGACAGGACUGGAUCAGAUGAAGCGAGAGAAAAACUCAUACAACUUGGUGCUGAUGAAGUAUUUACUGAGAGCCAGCUUGAUAUUAAAAAGAUCAAGACUCUUCUGGGUAGUAUACCUGAACCUGCAUUGGGGCUCAACUGUGUUGGUGGAAAUGCUGCUUCACUGGUCCUUAAAUUCUUGAGGCAGGGUGGAACUAUGGUUACAUAUGGGGGCAUGUCAAAGAAACCAAUAACUGUACCGACAAGUUUAUUUAUAUUUAAGGAGCUUUCUUUGAGAGGGUUUUGGCUCCAAAAGUGGUUAAGUCCGGAAAAAGCUGAAGAGUGUCAUGGCAUGAUUGAUUAUCUUUUAGUCCUAGCCCGCGAGAGCAAACUGACCUAUGAUAUGGAGGUUGUACAGUUCGAUGAUUUUCAUGCCGCUUUGGAUAAGGCACUUGGAAAACGAGGAAGCCAACCUAAACAAGUCAUUAAGUUCUAAUCUUAAAUUUUGGAGGUAAAGACCAUUCAAGCAAAUGCUAAUCUAAUCUUUUAAUCUUUAGUUCCAAUAUGUGACCCUAUCCUAGAUGUGAAUAUUGUCAUGAUGUAUUAAGAUGGACUGGUAGUUAAACAAGGCAUGAUGUAUUACUAGUUACUACUUUAUUCCCAUUGGGUUAGGUACAUUCUUUUAUUGUCGAUCCCAAAUUAUCAUCACUUUAUAACUCGAGUACCGUCAAUCUUGUCUCCCGUACUCUUGCUAACAGCAGGACAUGCAGCGCUUUAUUAGGGAUGAUAAGGGCAGUUACACUGUGCACCACACCCAGAUUAAUACCCACAACAAUAGUAAUAUGGCCUUAUAUGACACUAUAAUUUCUAUUAUGCCCCAUUUAGAGAGGCUCAACUUACUCAAUAUUGUUUUUGAGGUUGAAAUUGAGGACAUCUAUGAUGGAAUCAGAGGACAUAGGUCAUACCCUUCAGCAUUGGGAGUACUGGUCGAGAAUACGGACCAUAAAAACAAAGAUAAAGAAGCUCAACUGGACCAUAAAGAUCAUCGAACCUCGAUUCAAAGGGUUGCAGAAUUUUUGGCUUACCAUAGCAUCUCGUUUAAAACCAAUGUUCAUCAUAUUAAUCAAUUUGUUGACAUACUUAAAUUUGAUGCAAUUAGUUAUCCUUAUGUUUAAUUUUGAGUAGGCAUCAUCCUAGUCCUCCUACUCCUUGUAGGUGGUUAGAAUUUAGAAAUACUUAAAGGCAUUUUGGGACACUAUUUGAGUUGGACCAUUUAUUGUGUGGAUGAGGUAAAAAUGAGCAUAGGUUAUACUAAAA